CUGGCUAGUUUCCCAGUCUUUUGAACUCUGCAGAGAUGGAAGGCAUAAAACUGAUAGUAACUCUGCAAGGAGUAAUCAUCACCUUCUGCUUAGUUGGGCCAUUGGACUCCUCAUUAAAUCAGCACUUGGAAGCGCUAUCAGACUCAUCUCUCCUGAGCACCAUAAAUGAAGCCAGGCAGCUGGUGGAUUCAGCAUACUUACGUGCCCGAAAAAGUUUAAAGCAAAAACUAGAGGAAAAAGUUGCCAGCCCCAUGGAUUUCCUGAAGCACUUAAAGGAGCCUGUAGGAAGAACCAGAUGUGCAGUCCGUGCUGCUGACUAUUUGGAAACUACCUUGAAACUCCUCAAAGGAAAGCUGCAGCUGCUUGGGAAGGGGAGAUUCAAUGUUACAGACCUCCUAGACACAAAACAGAAGGAGAUGAUUUCCAGAGAAACUGGCUGUGACUAUCAUUCUAUUAAAUGCCCAGAGGAUGAUAUUUACCGGACCAUUACUGGAGAGUGUAACAACAGAAAGCAUUCUCAUUUUGGGGCCUCCAACCAUGCAUUUGUUCGCUGGCUCCCAGCAGCAUAUGAAGAUGGAGUGUCUGUUCCCAGAGGAGUAAGUGAAGGAAAGCUUUACAAUGGAUUUCCACUCCCACUGGUUCGAAAAGUGUCCAAUGAACUUGCUCGAACAGGCAAUGAGAACGUUACUCAGGAUCAAGAGCUCUCUCUUUUCUUCAUGCACUGGGGCCAGUGGAUCAGCCAUGAUAUAGACUUAUCCCCUUCCAGUGGUGCAGGAGCAAACCUGAAUCUUCACUGUGAGACCAACUGUACCUUCAAGUCCCCUUGCUUCCCAAUCAAGUUCCCCCCUGAUGACCCACGGGUGCUGAGAUCAAAUUCUUGUAUGCCGUUCAUCCAGUCAGCUUCAGUGUGCAAUUCCAGGACAUUUACCCGCGAGCAGAUCAAUGCAGUCAGCUCAUUCAUUGAUGCCAGCAUGGUGUAUGGGAGCGAAGACUCUGUGGCAAAGAGUCUUAGAAAUCAGACCAGUUGGAUGGGUUUGUUGGCUGUGAACCAGAACUUUACUGAUGCAGGGUUGGAGUUAUUGCCCUUUGAGAACAAAACAAAAAGUAUUUGUGUACUCACAAACAAGAGUAUGAAUAUCCCCUGUUUUAAAGCAGGGGACAAACGCGUAACUGAAAACCUGGGACUUUCUGCUCUGCACACUGUCUUCCUCAGAGAGCACAAUCGCCUGGUUACAAAGCUGGGGAAGUUAAAUCCUCACUGGGAUGGCGAAAAGCUUUACCAAGAGAGUCGAAAGAUCAUAGUUGCCAUGACUCAGAUAAUAACAUACAGGGAUUAUCUUCCACUUGUGCUUGGAGAGGAGACUAACAGGUGGAUACCCUCGUACAGUGGUUACAAUGAGACUAUGAAUCCUACGGUAUCAAAUGUUUUCUCUUUGGCUUUCCGAUUUGGUCAUACCUCAGUACAGCCUUUUGUAUCCCGUUUAGAUGACAGUUUUCAGCCUAUGAGUCAACUUUCCCAUGUCCCUCUUCAUUUGACAUUUUGUGCUUCUUGGAGAAUUAUAACAGAAGGUGGCAUUGACCCUCUGAUACGAGGCAUGGUUGUUGAUCAAGCAAAACUAAUGAAACAGAAUCAACUGCUUGUUGAGGAGCUCCAGAACCACCUUUUUGAACAGACUGCUUUAAUGGGUCUGGAUCUAGCAGCCCUGAAUUUGCAGCGGGGAAGAGACCAUGGCCUUCCAGGUUACAAUGCCUGGAGGCGCUUCUGUGGGCUCUCCCAGCCUCAAAGUGUAGAGGAACUCUCUGAGGUGCUAGGCAACUCCAAAUUGGCCAAGAAGUACAUGGACUUGUAUGGGACACCAGACAAUAUUGACCUUUGGAUUGGUGCAAUUGCAGAGCCCUUCAUUCCCCAGGGUAGAGUCGGGCCCCUCCUGGCCUGCAUCAUUGGCACCCAGUUCAGGAACCUGCGUGACGGAGACAGAUUCUGGUGGGAGAAACCAGGAGUUUUCACUCUGCAGCAGUUACAUGCACUGAAAAAAGUCUCUCUGUCGAAGGUGAUCUGUGAUAAUACUCAUAUCAAAAAGUUACCCCAGGACAUGUUCCAAGCCAACACUUAUCCUGAGAACUUCGUUGACUGCCAUGAGAUUGAUAUGCUCAAUCUCUCAGCCUGGAAAGAUGAACCUGAGAGUGGCAGGAAAGGUACUCAGGGGACUUCCCUUGUCUCUCGAAAAUACUAAAUCUGAUCUACGCUCUCCUGCGCCUAAAGAAAUAAAAGAAUUAUGGUCAUCAUAGUGAUCCUGCCCCCAGAAUAUAGUAUGUCCAUCCAUUCAGCCCCACUCAGACACAACAGGAAGCGCACAAGCUGUUAGCCUACUUUUCUCAUAAUCCACUCCUUAGCAGCCUAAUUCUUCCUCUUCAACUUGAUGGAAAAUCCCUGACAGUCCAGUCUGUUUUGGCCCCUGUGAAUGUGUCCUUCUCUAGGAAACAUUCCAAGUCAGAUAAUUUAUUCCAAGAUAUCUGGAGUCUUUCUUCAUAGGGAAGGUGUCUAUGAAGAAAUCAAUCAGAAUUAUCCAAACUGCUUCAAACUCUUACUCUGCUGGUCUAAGCCCCUAUUUUCCUCUUGCCUUCCCCGAGGAAUUACAGUAUUUUAAGUUACACUAUCAAAUAAAAAUGUGGAGAGGAAUACUGUGUCCAGCAAAGACUUUCUGCUAUUCAGUAGCCUUUUCUGCUUCAUUUAUAGCUUCUAAUCUUGCUCUUCCAACAGGUACUGGAAACUUCUUUUGACGGCACUAAGCUGUGCAUACUGCCUAUAUGUCAUGUUCAACUAACUGCUGUACUGAGCAUCUGGCAUGUGUUUUCCCAGAGAGAAGCUCAAGACUGAGACCACUGUUUUAUUUGCUGUACUGUAUUUUUUCUCAUUCUUUUGUAAAAGCUUUCUGUAAUUAAAUUAUUCAGAUAAAGUAGUGACAUUUUAUCACCUAUUGCCUUAAAAAUUUUCCGAGGUUUACAAGACUCAGUUAGGUGCCUUUUGUUUUCUGAAUGUUUAAAAGCACAAUCAAAGAAGAAAUUUUCUGCUUCCCAUCCUGAAGGGGAGGGAAAUCUAGAAGCCAAGGUGCUUGCAUGAAACAGGUUUCAAACAUUGUCCUUAUUUAUGAUCUCUUAGUUACAGAAGUAGUAAUUUAGCCUUCUAAAUCAAAUUCCUUAUCCUUUGUAUCUGCUCAGAAUCUAGCAAGUGCAUGUAACGUAAAAUCUUUAUCCCAAUGUUACUUAUCUCCUUGUUUUGCUAAAGAGUGUAGCUUGGAGGGGGAGGAGAAGGGCUGUUUCUAGUUAGCAGUGAGAUUUCACUCUUGGAAGAUGCUGGAGAAUGGCAGCUGCAUCCUGAAGCCUAGAGACAACUUUUACUUAACUCCAUUGUGAAGAUGUGUUUGUGUUGAGCAUUAAUAAAAUACAUUAAAUGCACUCAUCUGCAUUUGGCA